GGUCGUGGGUUUGAAGUUCACGAAGGCAUUGGUAGCCGUAGAAAAGUGUAUCGGUCAAGUGGUGGACAUAGCCGUCCAUCCAUUCCUGCCAUAUCUGCUGAUGUGUUCUUGUUUGCCAGAAGAUAAUGUUGAGCUACGGAGUUUGGGAACCACACCAUGCAAACCACUCCAAGGUGUAUGUGGAGAUAGAACAGUAUUGAGUGGCCAUGCGUUUGGAGCGAGGAUGGUGGCAUUUCAUCCGCUCAAGCCGGACAUAUUUGCAAGUCUGUCUAACGGAGGGGAGAUCAAGGUGUGGAAUAUAGGGGCAAAUACACCAACCAAAACGAUUGCGGGGCAUCAGCAUAUUCAAAAUUUCCGAUUCUGCAACGAUAUCCGUACGUCCCAUCUCAUCGCAGGCGGAUCUUGUGGCUACAUACGGGUGUGGGACUACACGACAGGUGCUUGUGUGGCCGACUUGAAACAUCAUGAUCGCUUGCACUUCAUCUGUUCAGCCUUCUUUCAUCAAAACGUGCCAUGCAUCUUUGCUGCAGACAGUAACGGGACCAUUGGAGUUUGGAAUGAGUUGAACUACACACCACUUCGGUUCUAUUCUAGCGGAGUGCAGCACUUGACAAGCAUGACUUCUUCCGCACGAUGUGAUGAUGACCUUGCUCUUGUGGGCCAAGGAAGAAUCCUCAUGCUAGAGGUCACAUUCAUACAGAAUGUGAGAGCACAACACGUGAGAUGGGUUGAUGGAACAACUGCAGAACAUGAGAGAAAGCUUAAGAUAUUGACAGGUAAGCGCCAGUUUCUUUGCCAGUCAGCUCAAGAGGAUUUGACGAUGCCCGAGCGGAGGAAAACGGAGUUGGAGGGCACGUUAGGAAAUGAGGGAAACAAGCGACAAGUGUCAGAUAAAUCUAAGGCGGAGCGUGAAGAAACCGGCGCGAUGCAAAAAAUCGUCGAGUUCGAAGCUACAACGGAAAGGGAUGUGGAUCUGCGGGAAACGUCGGAUAGAUCCAGCGCGGAGUUGGAACAGAAAGUGAUACGUAUGGCUGCGAGAAUAAGCGGGCAAGAAGCAGAGAGGAGAGAACUGGCAGAUAAGUUGAUAAUGUAUGAGCAGAGGAUCGGAGAGUUGGAAAAAGUGAUUGCAAGGCUGAUGUCAGAUGAGUCCAGAGCAGAGCUUGAACAGGAAGGCAGAGUGAAAGACGAGAGGAUUAGUGAGCUGGAAGCAGAGAGGAAAGCAUUGGUUGAGGCGCUCAGCGUCUCCAAGCUGAAGAAUGGAGAGCUGAAAGAGAGGUUGGACAAGGAGGUCGAUAUGCAAAGGAGAUGUGAGAAGGACAUAAAGGAGUUUGAAGAGGAUGCUAGAGUGAAAGCAGAGAGGAUCCAUCUGUUGGAGGCUGAGAGAAGUGUGUUUGUAAAGACACUGGAAACGGCGAAACGGAAGAUUAAGGAGAUGUAUGCAAUGGAUCGGCCAUGUCAUGAGCACUCCUUCAGCGACCGGCAUGUCAUUGAUUGUCCGGCACCAGAAAACUUCAGUUCCGAGAGGCGUCUCAGGGAGGAUGGUCAUCGUGGUGGAGCAUACGCGGGUGAACGGCAUAUUGCAGCAGCUUGUGUGGACACUCGAAGUGGCGAGGUUGAUGGUGAAGCAAACGAAGUCCAGGCUACAAAAAGACACAGACGCACAUAAGAUGCUUACAAACUCACUUGGACAGGCAGAAAGCCAUGCCUAGACAAUGGAUGCUUCUGAUCGUUCAUUUCACGGGUAUUCGUUCACCGAUCU